GUGGCCAGUACGAGAGCGAAAGAUGCCCAAAGAAAACGGAAAGGACAAUGAUAUUAGGUAGCAAACUAUUUCAAGUGGUAUUUAGCUAGUCCGGUUCAUUUGAUUGUUUUUGUGGAUAUGAAAACGUCCAGACAAAGGGAAACAGAGAACGUGAAGCUCCGUUUUGCUUAAUCAACCCCUCUUACYGAAAGCCGAUAUAUGAUAUGGAAGAAGGGGUACAUUGAGGGAGAUCACACAAGCAAUACCUGCAUUCUCCAGCUCGUGGUAUCUACUGGGUUGCAUCAUAAGUGGAUAAAAUGCCAUGACUUCCAUGCAAUGGAGGGUUUAAGCUUCUCUAUGGGUUCAUUGGGGAUUUCCAAGACCGUUCUGCCCAUUCAAGGCUUCGGUGCAGCGGUUCUAGGGCUGAUGCUGUUGGUGACAAUGAUCACAGCAGGUUCACCUGCAGCAGUAGACUGGCCUUCGUUGGAUCCCACCAUGUUGGAAGAGUUUCAGGAAGAAGUACCAAGCUGGACUGAAUCACCCUCAGCCUUAUUAGUUUCACACACUGAUGCCUCUGAGCACCUAGAUGACACUACAACUACAGCUCUCCUUUCACCUGGUCCCCUACCACUUGAAUCACCUUCUAGGUCUAGUGACCCCCUCCCCAUUGGUCGAGACCCUCUGUCCACUCCCCCUUUUAGCUUUUCGGAGCCUGCGAUUGGCCAGAAACACCCUGAAGGCCCAGCCCAACUCUCAAGGGACAUGAAGCUCKCUGGGCCUAUCUCAACCAUGGCAGCUACCUCUUCAACCCUUGUUACAGUACCACACCAGAAGCUUCUCGGACCACAGUCCAACAUAUCCACAACACCCUUGAACUUCUCUACAGCCACCAGUGGGACGACGUCUCCACAGUUUAUUGUCCCAAACUCUAAUGAAAGAGGUUCAGAUGAAUCUCCAUUAUUACCCCCCAGCAACCAGCAAGACCCAUCAAAACAGAGAACUCCUGCACUUAUGACCUCACUUCCUGUUGGACCUCUCAACCUGCCUAGACUGCCUAUUGACAAUCUGGUAGAUGUAGCAGCCCUAUCAGACCAAGCCAGCCAAGAGUCUAGACCUAAUCCAGAUGUGUCCCAGAGUUUAGGCGAUCUCUCGCUAGAUCCCAAACUGCCUCUUGAGCCCUCCAGUAUAUUAAUCGAUCUGGAUCACCUGCACCCCAACAGUGAGCUCAUGCAGAAGGAUGAUGCUGCCCAAGGUAUUUACAUGCUUCUGAAGCCAUCGCCUGAAAUGCAGCUGGCUCCCAGCUAUGUGCCUUUCCUGAGCCCACAGACCACAUCCUCCUCAGCCGAGCCCACCAUGGUCCCUACUGAGGACUUCUUCCCCACCAACACCAUGGAGGUGGACUGGGGCUCCGGAGACCACCCGGAGACCAUGUCCUAUAUGGGCUCGGAGGGCGACGACUUCUCCCUGGUCACCAACCUGCCCACAGACAUGUAUGACCUGGAGGACUCCAAUGCGGAACGCUACGACACCUCCUUCCCCUCCAGGGUCGGCGUGUCCUUCUCCUCGAUGCGUCAUGUGACGUCUUCACUUAGUCUCACUACAACUGAUCUCAGCUCUGGUGUUAGUGUGGCCCCGACAUCUGUUCCUCCCUCUAUCCAUCCAUCUCCCGGUCACUCAAUGCUAGCCUCAACACCAACACCUCAAGGUAGUCUACCAGAAGGUUCAGGCGUAGACUGGAUAGAUACCUUCACUGUUGAACCAACAGACCUUCUCCUACCAGACAUGAACAGCCUGGAGUACUACACCAUCCAGCUGACCAAGGAUGACUCCGAAGAACACAGAGGCACCAAUGUGACCACCACCUCCAGACAUUUCUCCCUGAUGUCCAUCAGCACCACCCACAUCAUGGCCACCAGCACGUUCACUGCGGACCCCCGCCACAUGCUCACAGCCUCCUAUGGAGUGGAGGUCCAGCCUUCUGACAACACUACUUGGAUAAAAGAGUCCUCUGAUAUAUCUGGCUCAGAGCCUCUCAAUACGACCACAGCAGACGCCACAGAGAUGACUUCUCUGAAUUUCUCAGUGCCGUUCCUGGAGCCUUCAGUAGCGCCAACCCCCUCCAUGGACCUCUCAUCCUCCCUGUGGGGUGUCACUGGUCAGGUGUCCUCCGGGGAAUGGAUUAGCCCUGUGGCCACCUCCAGUGUCGGACUGGACAGCAGCUCUGUAUUAGUGUCUGUGCAGCAUAGUGCUAUGGCCUCUGAGACAGACAUUCAGUGGUAUGUGUCCCCCACCGCCACAGAGACAGCCCUCCUCAGCACCUCUCUCGUCACUCCUGUGUUGACCACCUCUGUCGCCUUCACCCCAGUGCCUGGUCAGACAGAAUUACCCCCCGAUGUCACCUCAGACCCCAUAGAGCGAGCCACAAAUGCCACCACCUUUCCCCCGGUGUCAGUCAUGGCUGAYCAAGGUAUUGAUACGGAUAGUCCUGUCACAGCGGUGACAAACGUCAGCCAGAGUACACUUAGCACCGUAGACACCCCCUCCACAACUGAUCCUGCCACCACCACUACUACUACCACCACCAUCACCACUAAGGCCUCUACAACCACUGCUCUGGCCACCACCACUACCACCACCCCCUUAAACAUAACAACCACAAAAAGCCCACCUACAACCAUUGGCCGCCAGUACCUCUGUAAUGUCACCAAGCCUGUGUACUUUGUUAAAGUCGGUUUCCCCCCUGGGGCCACUGUUGGAUAUGCCAAAUCCCAAAUCCGAGACGUCCUGAAGACUGAAUUCAAUAAGUCAAUUGAACUGCAGGUUGCUAAGAGCCCUCCAGACUUUGUGUUCCGGGCAGUGUCAGGUCCCGUGGUGUUCACAGCCAUAUCUGUCAUCAACGCCCUGCGCCAGUCAGGCCGACGCUUCCAGCCCAUCUCACACUACUGGAAGGUACCAGACCACCAGUACCAAGUCCACUCAGUGCUGCAGUUUGUGCCCAGCCACGUCGACGUGCGAGUCUGCAACUUCAGCGAGCGCAUUGAGAAAGGCCUUACCAUGGCGUACGCCGAAGUGCGCCGACGCGCACAGGAGUCCACCAACUUCACUGUACACAUUGUGAACAUCACCAUGAAUAAGCCCAGGAGUCAGCAGAGGGAGCCAGUGGACGUGACCUUCGCCGUGCGCGAUGCCGUCGGCUACCUGAAGGGGUCAGAGGUCAGCAACCACCUGAGGCUGCUCAACAUGGUGGAGUUCAGCUACUACCUGGGCUUUCCCGUGCUGCAGAUCGCCGAGCCUUUUCACUACCCAGAGUUGAACACCACCCAGUUGCUUCGCUCGUCUUGGGUUAGAACAGUGAUGCUAGGUGUCCUGGACCAGGGGGUGGACGGGCGGACCUUCCAGGCCAAGAUGGAGCGUCGUGUGGCCCUGCUGCUGGGAGAGGUUCUGAAGGCGGCCAGGCGUACCAAGAGGGCCACCAGCGUGGCCAACCACAGUGUUCAGAUUGUGAGUACGACCAGGCUGGUGGGAGCGGACCACCCUCUGGAUAUGGUGUACUUUGUGGACCAGCUAGGACAGCGGUUGCCUGCCAUCACCACAGCCAACAUGCUGAACAGACUGGAUGUGCAAAGGGCAGCCAUUGUGCUGGGCUACAGAGUACAGGGCAUCCUGGCUACACCUGUGGAGAAGGUGGCAGGGUACCCUCCCCCAGACACGGAGAACACCAGCAUGUGGAUCAUCAUAGGCGUGGUGGUGCCGCUAGGCGUGGUCAUCGUCAUCAUCUCCAUCCUCUACUGGAAGUUGUGUCGCACCGACAAGUUGGAGUUCCAGCCCGACGCCAUGACCACUGUCCAGCAAAGACAGAAGCUCCAGGCUCCCAGUGUGAAGGGCUUUGACUUUGCCAAGCUGCACCUGGGCCAGCACAGUAAGGAUGACAUCAUGGUUAUCCAGGAGGCUGGCGCUCCCGGCCCUCCCUUGCCCAACCCCAGCGCCAAGGAAGCCGCAUCGGAGAACGGUGAGGUCCCCACCCCUAAGUCAAAGGGGACCUCCGUCUCCUCCACCAAGGCGUCCCGCAGCACACGCAGACGAGGAAGGGACAGGAUCUCUCCCUCGGACAGGGACUCCAUGGUGAGCGCUGGGUCCGGUGAUCGUGAGAAGGAGUUAGYCGAGGAGAACCUGAGAGCCUUCGCCAUGCCCAACGACAGCAAGCAGGCCCGCAAGAUCCCAAUCAAUGUUUUAAAUGGUCCUCCUCCCAUGAACGGCCAUGACGAGCAUCUCUCCUCUGCCUCAAUCUUUGAGCAUGUGGACCGCAUGUCGCGCUCAGCCGACGGCACCCGUCGCCUGUCCAAUAAGAUUCAGCUGAUCGCCAUGCAGCCCAUGGCUGUCCCGCAGCCCAUGGCUGUCCCGCCCCAGCACCACAGCCCCACUGUCAACGGUAUUAACGGCAGAGGGCCAGAGACACACAGCAGCUUUAACAAGGAGAUCCAGGUGGCGUUGAGGCAUAAGUCUGAGAUCGAGCACCACCGUAACAAGAUCCGUCUGCGGGCCAAGAGGAAGGGUCACUAUGACUUCCCUGCCAUGGACGACAUGGUAGACAAUGGUCUGACCACUGACCCCAAGGACCAGGACCACAUCUACCACAAGGCCCAGAUGCAGAUCRACAAGAUCCUGGACCCUGACAUCCACAUGCCCUCACUGUUCAUGGAGCCUAAAAAGAGUGGCAGGGGGAGGCGUUCUCCCAAGCAGAAGAAGAAGCACCAGCUGAACGGCAGCCUGACUGACGCAGACAAGGACCGCCUCAUCUCCAACGACAGUGAUGGCACCUACAGGAAAUACCCUGGGGUCAACAACGUGGCCUAUGUGUCGGACCCUGACCAGGCCCCAGAGUCCGGGACCCCCUCCCCCAACGACGACGUGUUCCUGGGCCACAUCUCGCCCCCUCCGGGGCACGCCCCUCCCCCGCCCCCCUACAUGCCCCCCCAGCCCUCCAUCGAGGAGGCCAGGCAGCAGAUGCACUCCCUGCUGGACGAUGCCUUCGCCCUGGUCUCCCCCACCUCCCAGGGCAGCACGGCCGGCAUCACCCUGCCCGGGGUCAACUCCAACCCCCCCAGCUCCAGCCCCCCACCUCGUGGUGGAGCCCGCCCCUGGGGUACUACCUACCCAGCCCUCAGCCCUUUCUCCUCAAGAUACGCUGAGUUAGGAAUGUCCCCUCCUUCACUCCAAGGCUUACAACAGAGACAGGGCCUGGGCUUCAGCUACCCACCAGGUGACCCAGGACAUGUUGACCAGCUCCGCCCAGAGAGCCACUACUCCAACAGGGGCCUGUACACUGAAGACCUGCCCUCGUCUACCAGGCCACGGCCAGUAGGGGGCACCACAGGUAACCAGCUCAAUCACCUGAACCAGGUGGAUCUUGGGAGCCGGAUCAAGGGGGGGUACCCAUUGGGGGGCAGGGCACCUCCAGGUCAGACUGGAGGCUCAGGUUGGGCACCCUACUCUGACGGUGACUUCAGACCCACCAGAGACCCUGUUCUUCUGGGCUACCCUGACUCCUCCUCUAUGUUCCAGAUUCCUAGUAGGAGUGCCCUAAGGGAGCCCUCUGCCCACCUGGACAUCUACCCCCCCGAGGAGUCCUCUCCCCCCAACCACUCCUCAGCCUCCCUCAUCAAGGCCAUCAGGGAGGAGCUGCUGCGCCUCUCCCAGAAACAGCAAGCCGUGCCCAGUUACCACAGCUGAGACAGACGGCCUCCUCUGGUCCUCACUGAACCUCUACUGCUACAUCCACCAGUCAUACCGCUGCCCCUGCCUGCCUGCUCCAACCUAGCAAUGCUUCCCAUGGAAGUUCCUUUGUACAGGAGAGAGACAGUACUGCUGGGCUGCGUCAAGGUGGCUAUUGGCAAACUAGACCAAACUGAAUGAGAUGACAUCAUAUAUGCCACUAGUAGCCUAAGCAUAGAUGGGGUCAUUAUAUGAAUGACCUGUUCUCUAAGCUCUGGCUCUCUGACCCAGACUCCUGUCUCUGACCCAGACUGUCCUAUAGCAUACAGUGUACUACAGUAUAAGUGACCCUAGAGGUUUAAGGGAGAAGGUGUGAACUGAAUGGUUGGCCAUGACCACUGAUCCCUGCCCAGUUGUUUUUAAUUUGAGGUGUUGUUGCUUUUGUUCUUUUUAAACAGCAGUCUAGACUGUGUGUGUGUGAUGAUGAUGAUAAUAAGCAAUGUACUUUGAUAUUCUCUCUCAUGCUGCCUUGACAUCCUAACAAUAUUUUACAGUACAGUGGUCUUUCUCUAUCUGUAGAACAUCUUUCAUUUAGGCUCCAAACAUUGAUACCAUGUUACCUUUCACGGGUGAUGCUUCUUACCAUUACUAUACAGGUUUUGUUUUUGAAGAGGCUCUUCUCCUCCAUCUUCUGGUGCUUCUUUAAACGCUUUGUGUUUUCUGCCAUGAUAUUGAGGGGUGAUAUGCACACUCCGUGAAACCAGUAUUCCCAGGUGCAGGAUGAAGUUGUUCUACAUUGUUUUACGCCAUGAGCCACACAAUGCCUUGUGUUGUGACAGAGUGAGUCAGUUCAACUGUCUCAAUCUACUAUACAGCUAAAGUCAGAGUUCGGGGGGACAACACUAGACACAGAGAGCUGCAAUAAUUAUACUGCAGUUACUCCCAUACAUUUUUUUUUAUUUAACCAGGAAGGGCUCAUUAAGAUUUGAAAUCUCUUUUUCAAGAGCGUCCUGGCAAAGAUAAGCAGCACCAAGUCAUUACACCAUAACAGACAAACUACAAGUAAUCUAGUAAAAACCACAGGGAUAUAAUGAAAUCAUAAAACAACAAAGGCAUUCCAAGGCGAUGGCGCAGAGUACAUAAAAGCCCUUUUACCAAAUUCAGUUUGGACAUACGGAACAGUUAGCAGGAUAAAGUCCUGCGAACGAAGAGAGUACCCACCACAUUUCUGAAAAAUAAAAAUGCCCAAAUAAAAUGGUAAUAAACAUUACUUUACCAAUGCAACUACAUUGACUUUGUUGUCAACAUCUUCAGCACAAUGUCCACAUUUGACCUUAUAUAUCCAGGUUGUUGAGGAUGCUACCUUGUUAAGACUUUAAAUGCCAACAUAUGGUGAACUGAUAUGACAACAUUAUUUCUAUAGAUAUUACACUAAGAUCAUUUAUUGUGUAUAAUAAUUAAUUUGUGGCAUUUUAUAACGUUUUCUGACCUGCAAACAAAUCUAAAUGAUUGACAGUACCUUUACAUGCAGAUUGCAGUGCCUAUUCAAUUGUAUGAAUCUAACAGAUCCGGCAAUCUGAUCUAUUUAAUUCACUGUAUGCAAACUACUGGGUUGCACUUGGCUUUUCUCAGUGAAUAUCCUUCAGGCCACACCAACUGAAAUGUAAUUGAAAGAUUCAUAGGUCAAGUCAAUUAUGCAUUGUAUUGCUGAAGGAAAUGCAGUAUUUUCUCAGCUGAGAAACAGGGUCAGUGCUCACACGCGUUCAAUCUCCAGGUAUUCUUAAUCUAUUUCCUCCUUUUUUCAUGCACUAUUGACAUGUUCAGCUACGUGUACUGUGUUUUAAUUGUUCACAGUUUACUGCUCAGUCAAUCUGUCAACUUGAGAUGUUUUGUGCAUUUUAUGUUCUUUUUAUUCUUGAAUGGACUUGCCUCCGUGUUUUAUUUGCUCCAUAUGUCUUUGUUCAAUAUUUUUUUAAACAUUUUGUUCAGUAACGUUUUCAACAAACUCCACACACAUUGCUUUGCUGUGGGCAUUGAAGUGAUGUUUCAUUUCAAUAAAAUAAAAGAUAAAUUAUUGAUUUUA